AACCUAGUGCUAACCAGAGACGCAGUAGGGUUGUCGAAUGCUAGAGGAAACCCGUCCGUUUGAAAAAAGGGGGUUUCAGAAGAGACAGAGCCGUGAAAUAAGGUCUCGUCGAUAGGUGUGGGUGUCUUGCAUCGAUCGGCAGAGUCUGGAGGAGCCGAAAGAGAAACAACUGUCAAAGUUCGCUCUCUCGCUCUCUCUCAUUUCGAGGUGGACUAGCUGCGAGGAAUUCUUCCUUCUCUUUCCUCGCGACCCAGGAGACAGGAAACAUGUCGACUGAGGGUGGUGCAGCAGCAGCGCCUGGGGCUGCUCCAGGGGAGGCCCCUCCCACGGGGGAAAAUGGGGAGAUUGUAGGGGGACCACGCGGACCACAGCAGAUAGCAGCAUCCAAAAGACUGCAACAGACGCAAGCACAAGUAGAUGAGGUUGUCGACAUCAUGCGGACUAACGUGGAAAAAGUCCUGGAAAGGGAUCAGAAACUAUCUGAACUGGAUGAUCGAGCAGAUGCCCUCCAGCAGGGAGCCUCACAGUUUGAACAACAGGCUGGCAAGCUAAAGAGAAAAAUGUGGUGGAAGAAUCUCAAGAUGAUGAUCAUUAUGGGAGUUAUCGGUCUCAUCGUCCUCAUCAUCAUUGUUGGUCCCUACCUUCCCAAGGGAAGUGAUAACAAGACGGACAAUGUAGCCAUCAAUAACGCUCAACAACCCAACAACCAAACUUCCUACACGAUGAAUAACGCCAAUAACGCCCCUCACUCUUUGCAGUCAAGUUGGGCAUAGUCGAGGUGUAGUGAGUCACCUCACCUCUCUCCUCUCACCUACUGUGAGUUUGGGCCACGAGCGGUUGAGUGAAGCUGAGCAGCCAGACUGAGCUGAGAAGAAUGAUGAAACUAUCUGUCUGUGGAUGUACAUUGUCUUUGACUGAGUGCCCCUUGUACAUAUAUAUAUUAGGAAGCGUCUGUGUAAACCUGGGUAUCAGUGUAGCAAAGUAAAUUAUUUAAAACUUGUUUUUUGAAUGGCUAGAGUGUUAUCAUCAGAAUCCAGAAUUCACUUUAGGCAAUUAUCUUUUCAUAUUACUGUCAAACAUCGUUACAUAGGAAUAUUUAGUAUGCCUUCUCUUAUGAAAUACAAUUCCUGUAUUCAUCUUUUGUAAGUAUGAAUCUCUCUCACUAGUCAUUUGGCACUGAUAUACAGAAUAUAAAUAUAAAUAUAUAUUAUAUAUAUACAUAUUUAAUUUUUUCCAUUCUUCUGAUGCCUAUAUUUGGUACUACUAUAUUCAUGUAAAGGGCCUUUCCAGGAGUUUUCGUGUUUUAUCAUUUUUAUCUUUUUGUAGUUAUUCUUUAUUGGGUUUUUAUUACCCAACUUUCUCGGAACAGCCCUUGUUUCGUCAUUCCGCACCAUUAUAUGUGUACGAGGUUUAAUGUUUUCAGCUCAUUUGGCAAAAGGAAGUUUUUUGUAGCUUCUAUAUCGUUAAUUGUCUCAGAGAGGAGGGACCUGUGGUGGAUAUUCUUGAAAUACACGAUACCUGAUUGGCCAAAACUGGGUGACGGUUGUUAUAGUACGUGCCUUCCGCAGUUGCUUGUAAAUUUUCCCUCCCCCCUCAGAGCCUCAGGUCCUUCCUUUCUGAUGACAAAAGUUAUUUUUAGGUGCAUAGAAACUAUAUUCUAUUCCCUCCCCAAGAUUAGAGGAUCCAAUCUCUGAUAAGUGCCCCCAACCCCCUUGAAAGAAUUAAAAGGCUUAAUAGAUGGUGUCUUUAGGCUCUGUAAUCCCAUGUUUAAAGCCAAGAAGCCUAAAAAUGGGUAUUCUUAUUAUAAAUUCUUUAGAGUCCAACAUAUCUACUGCUCUGUAGUGAUGUAUCAAAGUAGUAGUAAUAUUAUUCUGUUAAACGUGAAAUAUACUGUGUUUAUGUCAA